AAUCACCAAGUUGAGUGGCAAAUCAGAAAACCUUAGACUUCUAUAUAAAGUCCAACCUUUGCCACAUCACUACCAUCCAACUCACAACCAAAACACUUGUUCAUUUCAGACUCAAACUCAAACUCGACAGAGCAGCAGAACACAGCAACCCAUCAAAACAACAUGGCUAUGGCAUUUAAGAUGGCGACAAUGGGGAUGAGAGUAACAGAGGAAUGUAAGAACUCGUUUAUGGAGAUGAAGUGGAAGAAGGUGCAUCGCUACAUCGUAUUCAAGAUCGAUGAAAAGUCCGGCGGUUUCACCGUCGAUAAGGUCGGCUCCGCCGGUGAAGGCUACGAUGACCUCGCCGCCUCUCUUCCCGACGACGAUUGCCGUUACGCCGUCUUCGAUUUUGAUUUUGUCACCGUCGAUAAUUGCCGCAAGAGCAAGAUCUUCUUCAUCGCUUGGGCACCAUCAGCAUCAAGAAUUAGGGCAAAAAUGUUGUAUGCAACAUCAAAGGAAGGGAUAAGGAGAGCAUUAGAUGGAAUUCAUUACGAAGUCCAAGCAACCGAGCCUAGUGAGAUGGGGUUCGACAUCAUCAAGGAUCGCGCUCAUUAACUCUAAUGUUAAUCUUAAAUUAACAGCCCCUCGAGAACUCGAGUUAAUCCGAAGAUGUUCUAAUUUAUGUGUCUUUCAUUUGAUGACCUUAGAUUUAGAUCAAAGGUAGUAUAAUUAAAUUGGAGGAGCUUUAAUCAAUGUGUUUGCUAAGCUAGUUUUUGUUGCUCCCCUCCUUUGAUCUUUUCUUGUUGUCUCUCUUUUUUGUUUUUGGUGGUACUUGAAAUCAUGCUAAUCUUGUUGUAUCUUGUAUGUUAAUCUUCUAAUUUGGUAAAUUAAAAUAAUUGAGGUGGGCACUUGUACUAAUUAAUCAAGUAAUAAAAUAGUAGUUUUAGCCAUC